AUGGCAGCAGCAGGUUCUUACAUUUCAAUAACUGCUCUUGUCAUCCUCAUUCGUCUCGCAAUUAAUCUGAACUUAUGUUUAGAAGCUACACCAAUUCCUCCUAGUGGAAGAAACACUCAAUUUAUCAGAACCUCCUGCCGUAACACCCUCUAUCCUAACUUGUGUUUCACCACUUUCUCUAGAUAUGCAACCAGAAUCCGAGGUAGUCCCAGAUUGUUAGCCACCACUGCCCUGUCUGUGGCAUUCAACACCACUCGUUCUACUACGAAAACAAUGAUAAAUCUCUCCAAACACCAUGGCCUAAAGCGUAGAGAGGCUGCAGCCCUGCGUGAUUGCGUGGAACAAAUAGGGGACUCUGUUGAUGAGCUUAAAGACUCAAUUAAGGAAAUAAGUCAGCCUGGGGACAACGAUUUUCAUCGUCUAAUGAGUGAUAUACAAACAUGGGUGAGUGCAGCUUUGACUAAUGAUGAUACAUGCAUGGAUGGCUUCUCUGGGAAAUGCAGGAAGCGUAAUUUCAAGACUAAUGUGAGAAGAAGAAUAGUCAAGGUAGCACGUUUAACAAGCAUUGCUUUGGAUUUUGUCGACCGCUAUGCUGCAGCUCCCCCUCAUUAAUCAUAGCUACGAUGUCUUGCACAAUCUUGAGUGACGUCUUGCCUUUACAGUUUGUAUUAUUCCUAUAUUCAUUUGUUUUUGGCUGGCAACCUAGCUUGGAUUUUGCAA